GUCGCCCCGGAUUGUAUGUUGGUCAUUUACAGUCACACUCGCUCUCAAGGACCAUGUGGUUCUCUCUGGGGAGAGGUCGUGUCCCCUCGCAGAACUGGCUCGGUUCCCGCGGCCGCCCCGGCUUCGGCGUGUCCUUGUGGGUGCUGAGCUUUUGUUGGUGCUUUCCGGCCGUAGGAGGUCAGAACUACCACCCCACCGUGAACACGCAGUACGGCAAACUCCGAGGGGUGAGGGUGCCCCUGCCCAGCGAGAUCCUCGGGCCGGUGGACCAGUAUCUGGGGGUCCCGUACGCCGCCUCGCCAGUGGGGGAGAAACGCUUCAUGCCGCCGGAGCCUCCGUCCUCCUGGUCGGGGAUCAAGAACGCCACUCACUUUGCUCCCGUCUGCCCCCAAAAUAUUCACAACGCCGUGCCAGAGAUCAUGAUGCCUAUAUGGUUCACCUUCAACCUGGAUAUAGUUACCACGUACAUACAGGAUCAACACGAGGAUUGUCUUUAUCUAAACAUCUAUGUUCCUACUGAGGAUGUUUUUCCAUUCAUUUUACAGUCAAAAAGAAUAUCCAAGGAAUGUGCCAGGAAACCCAACAAGAAAAUGUGUAGAAAAGGAGGAGCCCAUGCAAAAAAACAAAGCGAGGAUUUAUCGGAUAACGACGGUGAUGAAGAUGAAGACAUACGAGACACCGGGGCCAAGCCUGUGAUGGUCUACAUCCACGGAGGGUCCUACAUGGAGGGGACGGGCAACAUGAUCGACGGGAGCGUCCUGGCCAGCUACGGAAAUGUCAUCGUUAUCACUCUCAACUACCGCGUCGGUGUCCUCGGCUUCCUCAGUACUGGUGACCAGGCUGCUAAAGGGAACUACGGACUCCUCGACCAGAUCCAGGCUUUAAGGUGGAUCAGCGAGAACAUCGGCUUCUUCGGAGGAGAUUCCAACCGCAUCACUGUGUUCGGUUCUGGCAUCGGGGCUUCGUGCGUCAGCCUGCUCACACUCUCCCACCACUCUGAAGGUCUGUUCCACAGAGCCAUCAUCCAGAGCGGGUCGGCCCUCUCCAGCUGGGCGGUAAACUACCAGCCGGUCAAGUAUACACGUCUACUGGCAGAGAAGGUCGGCUGUAAUGUCCUGGACACCUUAGACAUGGUGGACUGUCUGAGGAAGAAGAGCUCCAGGGAGCUAGUGGAGCAGGACAUACAACCGGCCCGGUAUCACGUAGCCUUUGGACCGGUGAUCGAUGGGGACGUGAUCCCUGACGACCCCGAGAUCCUGAUGGAGCAGGGCGAGUUCCUCAACUACGACAUCAUGCUGGGGGUCAACCAGGGCGAAGGGCUGCGGUUCGUGGAGAACGUGGUGGACUCGGAGGACGGCGUGUCUGGGAAUGACUUUGACUUCUCCGUCUCGGACUUUGUGGACAGCCUGUACGGAUACCCGGAGGGCAAGGACACGUUGAGGGAGACCAUUAAGUUCAUGUACACCGACUGGGCAGACAGGGACAAUCCAGAGACCCGGCGCAAGACACUGGUGGCUCUGUUCACCGACCACCAGUGGGUGGAGCCUUCGGUGGUGACGGCGGAUCUCCACGCUCGCUACGGCUCGCCGACCUACUUCUACGCCUUUUACCACCACUGCCAGAGCCUGAUGAAACCAGCCUGGUCAGACGCCGCGCACGGGGACGAGGUGCCCUAUGUUUUCGGGAUUCCUAUGAUCGGUCCGACUGACCUUUUCCCCUGUAACUUCUCCAAGAAUGACGUCAUGCUCAGUGCGGUGGUCAUGACCUACUGGACCAACUUUGCCAAGACUGGGGAUCCCAACAAGCCAGUACCACAGGACACCAAGUUCAUCCACACCAAGGCCAACCGCUUUGAGGAGGUGGCCUGGUCCAAGUACAACCCCCAAGACCAGCUCUACCUGCAUAUCGGCCUGAAGCCACGCGUGCGGGACCACUACCGCGCCACCAAAGUGGCCUUCUGGAAACACCUAGUGCCCCACCUGUACAACCUCCACGACAUGUUCCACUACACCUCCACCACCACCAAAGUGCCCCCGCCGGAGACAACCCAGAACACCUUGUCCACCAAGAAAACUUGGCCGUUCAACACCAAGCGGCCUCCCAUGUCCCCGGCCUACAACAGCGAGGACAAGGACUCCUGGGGUGACGACGAGGAGACGGGGCCGCUACUGGUGGAGAACCAGCGGGAUUACUCCACAGAGCUCAGCGUCACGAUUGCUGUGGGAGCCUCGCUGCUGUUCCUCAACGUGCUGGCUUUCGCAGCCCUCUACUACCGGAAGGACAAGCGGCGGCAGGACUCCGGUCACGGGCAGCCCAGCCCGCAACGCCAGACCACCUCCAACGACAUUGGCCACCACGCGCCCGAGGAGGAGAUCAUGUCGCUGCAGAUGAACCAGACGCACCAUGAGUGCGAGGCGGGGAACAGCAACGAGGGGGCACUGCGCUUGGCCUCGCUGCCCGACUACACGCUCACCCUGCGGCGCUCUCCGGACGACAUCCCCCUCAUGACGCCCAAUACCAUCACGAUGAUCCCCAAUUCCCUGGUGGGCAUGCCCAACCUGCACCCCUACAACACCUUCACCACCGGCUUCAACUCCACCGGCCUGCCGCACUCCCACUCAACCACCCGCGUAUAGCUUUAAGGAGGCCACGGGCAGCCGGCACAGGCGGUGGAGGAGGAGGAGGAGGCAGCUGUGGGGCGGGGGUGGUGGUGGUGGUGGAGGAGGAGGAGGAGGAAGAGGAGGAGGAGAAACAGGACGAACGAACGGAGGGGAGGAUUGUGUUUUAUAAAUAUCACAGAGAGGGGGAGGGGCGGGGGAAGGGCACGAGUCGGAUUAAAACGUGAAGAGAUUUAACUAGACUUUUACUACGAGGAGAGUAGCUGAGAGCUCUCUAGGGAUGUCAAGUUGUGCAGAGCUGCCAAAAUCAAACUGCUUCCCUUCUCCUGAUCAGGGGAGGGGCUCUUUCUGCAGUGUUUUUUUUCUAAAAUAAUCAUUUUAAAAGCCUUUUUAAGCUGACUAAAGGAGAUAUCAACACUUAUCUCGAAUUCAUAACAAAAACAAAGAGAAGUGCUUUUUAUUUCCCAUCCCUUCCUCCUGCGGGAGACACAUCUUGAACAAUGGCCUCUACGUCAAUAUUCGCAAAUGUUUUUAAUUGCUUCUUUGUUUUCUGUUUCGAUGCCUUACGAAGCUUGUUCUUUUUUGUCAUUAUUUCUAUUCCCUGAGACUAUUCCAAGUGGAGUGCGUUAGAAACCGAUACGACUCAAGGAAGAAAGACUGAAUCCAGGACGGGAACCAAGAGGAAAUGCAGAUGUAGAGAUUUUAAAUACAUUUUGAGCAACUCAUUUUAUUCUCUCUGUUGCGUAACAACACGACAGCCACACAAAUGGUGUUAUCCUUCUUUUUAUCUCGUAAAUGAUUUGUCGGGGACAGCUCUUGCCGGGAGAUGAGAAGGCAGAGAUAAAUACUAUGUUACUGUGAUUGUUUUGUUAAGAAAAAAAGUGCAUCUUUUACGGCCCAUUUAUCUGUUAAGCUAUCUGAUAUCUCCACAGAGAGUGCACACGUACACACGCUGCUUAGACCACCUGUGUGGUUGCGUGCAUGUGAAAAUGAGUUCUCCUUCCUUGCGCGCAAGCGUGGUUAAAACGGCAAGAUAAAGGAAGAGACUCAUUGUCGCAACUUGCAAAAGCCACAGUGGCAAGCGAGUGUGUGUAUGAGUGGGAGAUUGUACGCGUGAGUGUGUGUGUGUGUGUGUGUUUGCGUGUGUGAGUGAGAGAUUGUAUGUGUGUGCGCGCGACUGUGGUUGCACCUGUUUUUUGUUUGUAGGCUGUAUAAUGUGUGUUUUUUUGGGAGGGGUCCGAAUACUUUCUCAUGUCGUUGAUUUUUGUUUGCCACCAGUAGUGUUUCUGCUGCGUCUCUGGGUGUAUGUCUUUCGCGAAAUAGCACUUUGGUUAUUUUCAAAGUUAUAUAUGUCUAAUUUUCCUUAAAGGUUAUAAAAUAAAUAUAUAAUUUUACGUGUAAGAGAAAAAAAUAGCUAAAGAUUCAACUGAACUAACUGACAUGAUUCCAUUGAAUUUGUAAGAGUUUCUCUUCAAAAGCAGACAGUGGCCUGUUUGCACUGAAUAAACCUCCAUCAGUGCACACUUGUAUUUCUUUGAAUAUAAUAUAUAAAUAUGGGCAUACAUACAUAUAUGUAUAGGGCUCCCACAAAAAAAACAAUGUUCAGACUGCAAAGCACCAACACAAAUAAAUUCUAUGUAUUCUUGUUGUCAUUUGAAACAUUCUAAGCCAAGAUUUUUCUAGGUGUCUUUGCAAGAGCCCUAUAUGUAUAUUCAUGUAUAACAUAUUUAAUAUUUAUUUAUGUAUACCAGAUGCAUACAUGCUGAUUGUGCCAUGUGCCAAAUUAAAACUGUAAAAAAUGAAUAAUAUAAAGUUUUACAAAACUUUUUUCUGUUCUUGAUCAAAGUUCUUUUCCUCCCUUUUAGGACUUUUUAUUAUUUUCAUUUUGAAUGAGUUAAAAAGAAACAUUCUUGCAGCAAGUGCAAGUCACCCCCCUAGGACUUCCUCUCAUCCUCCCCCUCCCUCACUCCUCUUCACUUGCCAAAACCUUUGAGAAAAACAGGCUUGGGGCCUAUCAACACGCAUAACUCCAGAUUUUACUGUAAUUCAUGCAAAGUAGGGCUGCAGCAAUGGGAGAUUGUGAAAAGAUUGCCUUGAUGUACUCAUCUUGCAUCUUAUUAUAUUUUAUUCUUGGGGAGAAAACUGGAGUUAUUGAUUCUGCUAUAAAGCAGACAGUUUUCAGUGCAGCAUUGGGACCUGACUGGUGAUCCUACAUCAGUGUUUAUAAUUCUUAGAUAGCUCAUGAACAUAGACCUCAAGUAUUUCACAACAACUCCUGUAGUAUUUACUGAUUGGAGAUGCAGCAGAGCGAGGUUUAGUCUGGUAAGCUCACCACCAAUGUAUCUCCCACUCGCAGAAAGAGAAAUGAUUAUGUGAGGGACAUUUCUUGGAGACUGAUCUGUAUAAGUCAACUCUUUUUGCUCGUGUAUGCCCCCCCCCCUAAAUCAGUUUCAGCUGAGCAUCAGCCGUUAAGAAAGAAAUUUAGUAGUUAAGUAGCUAGUUUGUACCUGCAGCUGCCUCCCACACACAGAAACAUGUGACGAUGUGCCUGGGUGCGCUCGUGUAGGGCGAAGCCUGUGCAAACAAUGAUACUUGUCAGUUGUGCGACGUUUGCUGGCAUGAUGUGAACAAACGUGGUCGAUGGCAUUUUGAUUAAAAUGCCCCUGACUGCAAAAUAGAUUUGAAUCUUUCUAAUUUAAAUAUUUGAUUCACCCAAAUUACUUCAUGAGCAUUCGAACUUACUACUUUCUGGUUAAACUUUGACCAUGGUAAGUCAUUACUGUGACUUAACUAAGACUUCUCCUGGUAUCUCUAUGAAAUCAUUUUGUUUGUGACGCUCCCUACAUUGAAAUAUUCGAUUAAACUUACAAUAUUGGCAACCAGCUGGAUGUGCAAAUAAGCAACUGUUUGCUAACAAGUUCACUUUAUCAUCUAAAAACAGGAUAACACCUCAGGGUUGUGUGUCCAAAAGAAUCACUUGGUUAGUUAAAAAAAAAUGGUAUGCCAUUUAAGCCAAUGUUAUGAGGUCUGCCGUUCAAAUGGUUAUUGAUUCCUUAUUUAUUGAAAAAAUAAAGUCCAUCCGCUUGGAAAGGCAAUGAGAAAUGGCCCUUUUCUAUAUAUUGUUUUCUUCUCUACCCCGACCCUUGAAUGUCAAUCAAAACAGUCCCCUCUUUGGAUCUGCAGUGGUGGGAGGUCAGUUUCCAUUGGCUCCGACUCACACCCACAUACUGUGGCACGGAGCUAAAAUUGAGUGGCUGAGUAUCAAAGGGAAGAAAUGUCCUGAGAGGGCAACUUAUUUUUUUGCCAUGUAAUUUUCCCAUAUGCUCUCAAAGCAGUCCGGUUUCACUGAGUAUUGGCAGGGGUAGACCUGGUGGCCUCGGGGAAUCUGGACUCUGGACCAAGACCAAAGGGGGUGGGGGGGGGGAGCCCAUGUAAAGUGCAGUGGUGUGGUGGAGCGAUUUAAAAUGGGGUCGAGCUCUUUUAGCAAUCAAACCUGGAGGCUGGAUGAAAUUAGACCAAACAGCACAUGACAAGAAGAGUCGGAGCAAGACACUUUUCCGCGGUCAAGAUUUAUUUGCAGUUCAGUGAGUGUGUUUUGGAAAUUCAAGGAUUGGCUGGAAUACCCCGAUGGGGUUUGAGACUGCCUCCUGCCUCGACAGCAUGGAAGAGAAACCCAGCCUAGGAAAUGGAUGUGCCAAAUUACACAGUUCCACCCGCUGGGAGAGCACUACAGGUGUGUGUGUGUGUGUGUGUGCAUCUUAUUCUAGCACGGCAAACGUGUUGUUAUCCUUCCUCAGACAAAAUGCAAUCUGAGCAGGUCUACCUCUGUCUCACACGACGGGCCCUUUUUCUAUUUAUUCUGCUUUGUGAGUGCCGUAACGGGGACGAACUGCUCAUUUCCAAUCAUUUAAAGUCUAAUUGUGUUGAGUUACAAUGUUUCUCUGCUGACUAAGAUGCUAAUUAAGAUUACUUAAUGGGAAACCAAGUGGAACCAAAACUCUUGUAGUUCAAAUGUAAAUAGUCUGUUUUUCUCCAAAGGGCAAUCAUUCCAUUUUCUGUCAAAACAUCAAGAAUCUAUUAUUUCCAUGUGAAAAACACACUCAUUUUCUUUUGUACCCACAGAGCAUCGAAAAAUCGCUGACAUAUUUUCUGGUUUUCCUAACAAGGGCCUCCCUAUACUGGAUCUUUCUUGGUGGCAUCGAACCCGAAUACUACAUUUUUCCUAUAAUACAUAUUUGAGUCAAAAUAUACAUUGAUAAAUCUCUGUUAUCUCAGUGUCAAUGUACAUAUUCCUAAAGAUUCCCUGUUACUUCUAUGUUUGUGUCCAUAGAAUGUAUUUAUAAUCUCGCAAACUGGAGUAAUCAAAAAUAAAAUAUCUAUUAUUUCUGUA